UUUACAAGAAAUGGCCGCAAAAGGAUUAUUAGAGAGGCUGCGGUCAGGGGAGAAUGUGAUCGUAGCAGAAGGAUAUCUUUUUGAAUUUGAGAGAAGAGGUUACUUGAAAGCCGGAAGCUAUGUACCAGAAGUCGUCUUAGAACAUCCUGAAAAAGUCAAAGAGUUGCACGAGGAAUUUGUCCAUGCCGGAAGUGACGUCGUGUUAGCUUUUACGUACUAUGGACAUCGUGAAAAGCUUAGACACAUCGGACGUGAAAGAGACCUGGAAAUUUUAAAUGUUACCGCCUUGAAAAUCGCACGCCAAGUAGCUGACGACACAGGAACUCUCAUGGCGGGAAAUAUCUGUAAUUCCUGUGUAUACGAGGUCGACAACCCAGCAACAAUAGAAACGACACGAAACAUUUUUAAGGAACAGAUCGAAUGGGCUGUAGCAGGCGGAGCG